GCAAAGACCGAGCUUUGCAAUGGAUCACCACCCGAAGCUGGCGCCGAACGCGACGAAGGCGAUGGAGGACAAGGAGCGGAAGCUGCAGGUGCCGGCGAGCGACCCGGACGACGACGGCAGCCUCCCCGACCUCGUCGGGCGGCAGCAGCCGCAGCUGCGGCGCGAAGAGCAGCAGCAGCAGCAGCACCAGGCACCCAACAUCUCCGAGAUGAAGCCGGUGACGCGCGAGGCGUACGGCGGCGGGAUGUACGCCAACGAGGAGGGGAAGAGGGAGCCCGGGAGGCCGCGCGCCAGCGCCACGCAGAGCGCCGACGGACCGGAGGAGCCAGUGUGCAGGCCCAGGCACCCGCCGCCACCGUCCACCGGCGACCGCGACCUCGACAUCACCGGCAUGUCCUACAUCCAGUAGUGGUUCUUUGUUUUCAACAUGGCGUGUACUGCACUGGCGCGGAUAGUUUUGUGGCCUGCGCCUGCGCCUGCUAGAGCUGUUGUGUUUUGUUUUGUUUUCGCUUCCAAGUUCGAACUAGCUGUGUCUGUUUGUGCGCAGCCGAGUUGUUGUAACUUGUAAGUAAGUCUACAGUGUAAGCACUAACGAAUAAAAAUGUGAGUUUUUUCUUC